UCGCAUACGGACGUUGGUUUUUCGCAUCAAAGUGAUCACGGUGCUACAGUUCAAGCUCACAGCGCUCGUCCACUAGUUUGAUUACCGCUAAACGAUAGUUGGGACCCCCCAAAACUGGUCAUCUGAUACUGUUUGUCCCGCGGACUCACCGGACUUUGGGUAAGCUUUGGUCAGGGAGUUAGUAGGUUGUAAUUCGCACAAGCGAAUCCUCAAGUGUUUCCCGUGCGUGUUGUGCGUGUUUGGCAACUUUUUUUUCGGUCCCUCCGCCAGUAGUCGUUACAACGAAACGCGCUCGCGUAUGUGCGGUGUUGUUAGUCUGUUGCUGAAAUUGAUCGAACCGAAUUUAGCGUGAGAGCAGAGUGUAACCCGCCGAUCGAUCGAUCGAUCGCAAGGGAUCGUUGUGAUCGUCGUUUGUUAGCUUAGGCAACGCACGUGGCGCAUCAUCUUCCAGUUGGUGCGAGGUGUUGAGGUGAAAAUAUACGGGUUUCGGUUCGUUCCGGAAGGAGCAGCAUCACGGUGCGCAACCCUUCCACCCCGCCAGCCGUUAAAGUGGUGUUUAGCGUGGAUGGAUGAGUCGCCGUCGGUGAUUUAUUGGUGUAGCGUUUGGUGGUGAAGGUAUUUUGAUUUUAAAGUGUUUCCGACCCGAUCGCCGAAGGUGCAGGCCACCGGGCAAGCGCUCCCCAAUUUUCAACCGAUCGACAUCUUUCCGCUUUGCUCUCUCGGUGACCUAGCUCGGCGGUGCUGUGCGUAAGUGCAUCCGGUGAAAGGAUUUAUACGCCCGGUACUCAAGUUUGCGGUUUUGUGAAGCGUUAAAGAAAAGCAGCACGUACUGGUGCAACGGACAGCAGAGUGAUUCGCUGCGAACAGGGAUCAACGCGAAGGUCGAUCGAGGGAAGUAGUCGAGGAGUCUCAUCAGUGCAGUCUUCUUGCAGAUUGCUGCACGCUCUGCUGGUAUCGGUAGUUUUAUCGGACGAUCGAAUCGAAACUGGUUGGUUGGUUGGUUGGUUGGCCACUAGCCGGGCCUGCCACAGUGCUACCGAUGCGAUGAAGUGGAGUAGCUUGGGCAUAACGACCCUGCUGUCGUUAUUUGUCUUUGCCGGGCUAUGCUCGCUCGCGGAGGCUCAACGAGGAAGAGUUCGCUUUUCGUCGCAGUCACAGCUGAGCGAUGAGACGAGCUCAUCGGAAUUACCGGAAGUUUCAGCGAUUGUCGCUCCGAAAACGGUUCAAAAUGUAGGAUUUGUACGUCGUCGCACGGCACGGCCACCGGUCUUCGAUGCACCAGAACCAUCGGUUGCCACACCGAGAAGAGAAUCACCGCGUGAGGUCCCGCAACGACGACCGAAUGCAUCCCGUAGAAGCUUCGACAGUUCGGAAGAGGAACCAGAACAGCAGCAGCUGACGUCUGUUCGCUCGAGGCAGCAAAGUUCAUCCUCGCUAAAAUCGGAAGUCGUACUGCAGAAUACCUUCACGAGGCGUGGACUCCCGGAAAAGGAAUCUCAAAGCCCCCUGAAAGAGGGUACAACCGAUGCCCCAUUAACGCGACGACGUGGCAAACAACGGAACUGGCAGGAAGAAUCGGUGACCUCCACGGCUAACGCCGCAAUCUCCCCACCGGUCCGUGCUGCUCGAAGAAACAAUCGAUUAACGACAACGGAAGCGACCAAACUAUCCAACGAAGUGCUCGAUGGCGGUUCCAGCUCCACUGCACGCGCCUCGGCCGAGGUUGGCCGGUCACGGGGUGUUGUUAGGGCGACAAUCAAGCUGGUCUCGAAAGACCGCGCCGAUGAGGGUGGUUCGUCGUCGGAGGAGAACUAUCCCGAACCGUUCAAGAAGCUGCUGAAAGAGAAAUUAAACGAUGAAAAGCUAAAAACCGUUUACGUGAAGAAGCUCGACGUUGUCAAGGAGAAACCAGUGCGCGGAUCUUCAUUUGAAUCCAGAAGCAGCAGCACGGAGUCUGGCAGUGGAGAGCUAGGGGCUGGAAGGCGGAGCUUUAGAACCACGACAACGACGACGACGACGGAACCACCGACGGUGAAGCCAAACCUGGUCGAGUAUCGCCAGGAGGUGAAGGACAGCGUGAAGAGUACUCGCUACUCGGUACAGCAACCGGCUGCAGCACGCUCUUCGGUCAAAUCGUCUUCGGAACAGUCAUCGUCAUCGUACCGUAGCUCUAGGAUACUGAAGGACAAAUCCACCUCCACGGAAGCGUUGCUGCAAAGCUUACAACAAUCCUCCCGGGAAAGCGGCGAACAAGAAGUUUCCAGCGAGCGUUCCUCGGCACGCCAACUCACCAGGACACGGGCACGAGUGACGGAGAUUACGCAAAAGUCCGAGGAGCAGAUCAAGAGUUUCGUCAAAGUCGUGUCGAGUGAGACAGUCGACGCGAACCCACAGAGCGGCUUACGAUCAUCCGGCGAGAAGGAGGAACGUAAUUCGUCGGGAUCCGCAGAGCAGAGAACGGGAAGCGCAAGGCGGAACCUACCGUCUCGGGGCCGUGUGC